AUGCAGAGCAUGGCGGCGUCCUCCUCGUCCCACUCCUCUUCAAGAGGCUGGGCGGCGGUGCGCCGUUGCCCCUCCCCUUCCCUGCCCGCGCGGCAUGUCGCCUUCUCCUCCUCGUCCUCUUCCCGCUGCCCCGUCGUGGGCGCCGGCGCGCCCGUCCUGCCGCUCGGCAUUCGCGGGGGCCGCCUGCCGCUCCCCUGCCCCCUGCUCCCGCCCGGCGGCAAGAACGGCGCUUCGGCGAGAAGGGCGACGGCGACCGCCGCCGCGGCUUCGCCGUCGGCGGAGGGAGACGCGAAGCCGGAGGCCGCCGGCAUUCCGCGGACGCUGCAGCUCGGCGCCAUGAUCCUCGUCUGGUACCUCCUCAACAUCUACUUCAACAUCUACAACAAGCUGGUUCUGAAAGCAGUGCCCUUCCCGUACACCAUCACCACCUUCCAGUUCGCAUCCGGCUCCUUCUUCAUCACUCUCAUGUGGCUGUUUAAUCUGCACCCCAAGCCAAGGCUCUCCCUUCAACAGUACGCAAAGAUCCUUCCUUUGGCCUUAAUACACAUGAUGGGCAACGUCUUCACCAACAUGAGUUUGGGCAAGGUGGCUGUCUCCUUCACGCACACCAUCAAGGCCAUGGAGCCCUUCUUCUCUGUUCUGUUCUCAGUCUUGCUCCUCGGGCAGACACCUUCUUUACUGGUAGUAGGUUCUCUCGUGCCGGUUGUCGGUGGAGUUGUGUUGGCAUCCAUGACUGAAGUUUCUUUCAACUGGAUUGGAUUUUGGAGUGCCAUGGCUUCUAAUGUUACAAAUCAGUCGCGAAAUGUUUUCAGCAAGAAACUUCUUGCUGACAAAGAGGAAACGUUGGACGAUAUAAAUCUCUUCUCAAUUAUGACUGUCAUGUCAUUUUUGUUGUCGGUCCCAUUAAUGCUAUAUUUAGAGGGCAUCAAGUUUAGCCCAUCAUACCUACAGAGCACUGGCGUAAAUCUUCAAGAACUAUGCGUGAAAGCAGUCAUUGCUGGCACUUGUUUCCAUUUUUAUCAACAGGUUUCAUAUAGUUUAUUGGCCAGAAUAUCACCUGUGACCCAUUCUGUUGCAAACUCUGUCAAACGAGUUGUUGUCAUCGUGUCAUCCGUUAUCUUCUUCAGAACUCCGAUUUCACCUAUCAAUGCCCUUGAACUGGUCUGGCUCUGCUUGGUGUUUUCCUGUACUCUAGAUUCAAGAAGGCAAAACCAAAGGCAAAGGCUGCAUAAAGACCGCUUAUAUAGCAACAAUUAG